AUGGCAACUCCUGCUCUAGUUGUGGAUUUGGGUGGUGGUUCUAUAAAAUAUGGAUUAUCUUCUGAAAAGAAUCCUAAUUUUGCUGACAAUUGUAUCUACCGCUCGAAAAACGUUUCUGGCAGAAAUUUUAUCGGAAAUGAAGUUGAAGAUUGUAAAAAUUUGUCUGGUUUAUUUGGGACAUAUCCCUUUAAAAAGGGCUAUAUCAAUAAUUGGGAUACUCAGAAGCAAAUAUUGGAUUGUGUUUUAGGAGGCUAUCUUAAUUCCAGGACUCUAGAUUAUUCAGACUUAAAUCUCUUCGUUACUGAGCCUUAUUUCAAUUUCUCAUCGACGAAGGAAACUUUAAAUGAACUUUUCUUUGAGGAAUAUCAUGUUGCCGGACUUGUUAGGGCUAACCCUGCAUUUUUUGCCACUUAUAAAUACAGGUCUGAAACGAAUCAACAUGUUUCCCGUUACACAUUUGUUAUCGACAGUGGGUAUUCUUUCACUCAUAUCCUUCCUAUGGCUGAUGGAAAGUUAAUGAAGGAAUUCGCACUUAGACUCUGUGUUGGAGGUAAAAUCUUGACAAAUCGUUUGAUUGAAGUUACUUCAUAUCGACAAUUGGAUGUCAGGAGUGAGAUUUAUAUUAUGAAUCAGUGCAAGGAAGACGCGUGUUUUGUCUCCAAAGACUUUUGGAAGGAUCUUGCCUUUGCCAAAUCCCGUGAAUCUUCCCAUAACACCAUAGCCCGCGAGUACGUUCUGCCUGACUACAUCGACGUACAUCGGGGUUAUCUGCGACCUCCCUCUGAGAAGCCCAAGGACGCCGCAGAACGCGCCAAACUCCAAGGGUACAUUCUUCGACUUAACAACGAGCGUUUCACUGUCCCCGAGUUGCUCUUCCAUCCCUCUGACGUGGGUUAUUCGGAGAUGGGAGUCUCAGAAGCCUCUGAGUACCUCCUCACGGAACGCCUUCCGCCUGCUGUUCGACCCGGUGCUAUGGCUAAUAUUGUCCUUAUUGGAGGCAAUUCAAAGUUCCCGGGAUAUAGGGAGAGAGUGCUGAGUGAUCUUCGCAGUUGUGUCCCCAGUGAUCUUUCCGUAAACGUCUUCUCUCCUCCGGAGUGA